CCCUUCUUCCCUUUAAACCCCUACCCUCCCUUUCCGCCGCUUUGCUGCUACCUAUCCCCUUCCCUCCCCUCCCCACGCCGCACGGCCCCGCCAGUCCUCGCUUCCACGCUCCUAGGGUUUUUAGCCGCCGCCGCGCCUCCCCGAGCAUGUCGGCGCCGCCCUCUCUCAAGUCCCCGGCCACCGCCGCCUUCCUCGCCUCCCCAUGCUUGGCCGUCGCCCCGAGAGCCGCCGUGCUCGGCGCCACUGCGCAGCCGCCGCGACGCCUAAGCUGCUCUGCAGCCGUUGGAGCCGAAGCCAGGGAUCUCGAGAUGAGUGCUCCCCUGGACUGGGCGGCGAGGUCGGUGGGGGAGCUGGAGCAAGCGACAGACCUGGACACUUUCUGUAUGAUGGCGCUAUCACCUCUGGACGGCCGAUACUUCAGAUUUAUUAAGGACUUGAUGCCCUUCUUCAGUGAGUUCGGCCUCAUCAGAUACCGCGUCUUAGUCGAGGUCAGAUGGUUGCUGAAGCUUUCUCAAAUUCCUGAGGUCAAGGAGGUGCCGCCGUUUAGUGAGGAGGCCCAACUAUUUCUGGAUGCAAUCAUCCAAGAUUUUAGCAUCAAUGAUGCUAAAGAGGUGAAACAAAUUGAGAAAAUAACUAACCACGAUGUGAAGGCUGUUGAGUACUAUCUGAAGCAGAAAUGCAGCUCAAAUCCAGAGGUUGCAAAGGUUUUGGAAUUCUUCCAUUUUGGAUGCACUUCUGAAGAUAUCAACAACUUGUCACAUGCAUUAGCUCUAAAAGAGGGGGUAAACACAAUUAUGUUCCCUGUGAUGAUCGAUGUAUGCAGUGCAAUAUGUUCCUUGGCAACGGAAAAUGCACACGUCCCUUUGCUGUCUAAAACUCACGGACAGCCGGCAUCACCAACAACUCUGGGAAAAGAGAUGGCAAAUUUUGCAGCCAGAUUAUCUGAUAUCGGGAAGAGUUUUUCUGAGGUUAAGAUACUAGGGAAAUUUGCUGGCGCUGUUGGAAAUUACAAUGCUGAUGUAGUUGCAUAUCCGGAAAUUGACUGGCCUAAGAUGACAGAAGAGUUUGUCAGGUCCUUAGGUUUGGAGUUCAAUCCUUACGUUACUCAGAUUGAACCUCAUGACUAUAUCUCAAAGCUCUUCAAUCUAUUUGUCCAGUUUAACAUUGUCUUGACUGAUUUUGACAGAGACAUGUGGUCUUACAUAUCAGCAGGCUACUUCAAGCAGAUACCAAAGGCUGGUGAAGUUGGAUCCUCCACCAUGCCUCACAAAAUCAAUCCCAUCAACUUUGAAAAUAGUGAAGGCAAUCUUAGCGUGUCGAAUGGUCUUUUAUGUACUUUAAGUAUGAAGCUACCAAUAUCAAGGUUGCAGCGUGAUCUCACAGAUUCAACUGUUUUGAGAAACUUGGGUGUUGGAUUAGGGCAUUCACUCUUGGCUUACAAAGCAACAAUGCAGGGAAUCAAGAAGCUAGAGGUGAACAAAGUCCGUUUGGAUGAGGACUUGGAGCAAACAUGGGAAGUCCUUGCAGAGCCAAUACAGACUGUGAUGCGAAGGUAUGGGAUCCCCGAACCCUUUGAGAAACUGAAGGAAAUGACUAGAGGCCAGGCUGUAACCAAAGACAGCAUACGCAAGUUCAUUGAAGGUCUUGACCUGCCGGAGGAUGCGCAGUCAAGUCUUUUGAAGUUAACACCACACUCUUACACUGGAGAGGCGGAGAAUCUGGCUGCAAAUAUUUGGAAUGUGGUUGACCUGAAAUCUGGAUUUAAGAUCAAGUGAGCUUCUACCCUGGCCCUGGGUAAUCUGCCCACUUUUUUGACGAUGACAGCGACAAUAACAUCGAAAGCUUCAAGGGGAACAUCACAUGGUAGCUUAGCGUUCAAAGAUUGUUUGUCACGCUAAUUUAUCUGGUUCUCACUGAAAAAGCUUGUGGUGCGUGUGGCAUGCGGCCCACGGAAUUGUACCAUCACUAUUCGUUCUGCCGUGUGGACUUCCACUUACGUGGCUGCUUGGUGGAUUGAUAGCCGCACAUGAGCAAAUUGUUUCAUCCCACAAGCGCCCCACAGUAAAAAGGAGAGAAACCUUUUGGGAUCGGUGGAGAA